GGAACCGACGCGAGCUAGGGACACUAUCAUUAUCGGGCUGGGGCGAGUCCUAACGGGACGAACACGCCCCCCCAGGCCCAGCGGGGGAGGGGGGCGGCGCUACAGUGAGUGACGUAGUUGGUUUGACCACGUGCCCGCUGUCUCCCUGGAAACAGCGACACAUGGCUAUGCCGGCGUUAGCGCCCGUCCCUCCCCCGCGGUGUGAGCUACGCGGAGUCACCCGCCGCGGGGCCCGGACCUAGAGCCAACGUUAAACGGCAGUAGGGGAGCAGCGUGUCCCCCUCCCCCUGUGUGCACAGGGAGCCCUGGGGCGGGGCUGGCCACGGGAGAGAAACGCUGACCGGGCUGGUCUACACCAGCCCCACGCAAUGCUCAGUCUCGCGCUGUCCCAGCUGCGGCACGUUAGCGGCGGGUGUCUGUUGGAAGCGCGCACCUGAUGCGCCCACUUUAAUUUGGGAGCCGAGUGUGAACAUCCCAGUGGGCAGGGUGAAAUUGACCGGCGCGUGGCUGGGCCGCUCGAGUCCAGUCCAGCGAUCAUCUCCCUUAAGCCUUAUUGUGAGCGUUUAAGUCAGAUGUAUUAUGGAAAGCCCAGUGGACCUUUGUUUUACUGAAGAAGGAUGUAGCCAUGACAUAGUUCUUGAGAAACAAGUGUUUAGAUCCAAAGUGCCAGAGUCUCAUGUUCAACUUGCUUGUAAUCUACAUUACUGUGCUUUUCCUUUGAAUGGAAAUGAGCUAUGUAUCUGGAAUACUGGCGAUAGCUCUGCUCAUCAUCAGCCAUUGCACUUGGUAGGACACCACCAUUCAAUCACGGCACUGGCAUUUGGAAGUAAAAUCAAUCCACUUCUUGUCUGUUCUGCUUCUUGUGACUAUGUGAUAGUAUGGAACCUGGAUGAGUGCUCAAAGAAAGCACUUCAAGGGUUAAUGCCUCGAGGAAUUGUUAUAGGAACUCUUUUGGGAAUGGUGCUUUAUGUACGAUUUAGUCCAGAUGACCAAGCUGUGGCAGUAUGUGCUGGAAAUCGGAUAUAUAUGUUAAAUGCAAAGAAUGAGGCUAUAUUAACUGAGUUGGAAGGCCAUCUGGCUCCAGUGACUGCAGCUGAGUUUUGCACCUGGGAGAGAAAUAUGCUUAUAUCAGUCUCUGAAGACAGAAGCUUUAAGGUUUGGGACUAUUGUACUGGAUUGCUAAUAUACCAAUCAGCAGUGUUAACAGCAUUUCCUUUGCUAAGUCUGUUCAUUGAUGAAGAAAAUAAACAGAUUAUUACAGGAUGUGCUGAUGGGCAGCUUUGGAUCUUCAGUUUGCUCAGUGGACAUCAGUACCGUUGUGUGGUACAUAUAAACUUAAAGAAAGAGCGAGAUAAAUUCUACAGCAAAACAGGAAAAUCUAGACAACAAUUAGAUCAAAUACAGAAGUUUUCUAAGCUGUACCUCACAAAUGACAGGAGACCAGGAGAAACAGUGGAAACAACAUUGCCAGUCCUCAGAAUUGAACACUGUGACCAAUCAAUAAAUGUAGGCAGAGAAGAAAACUUUUUUCCUGCUGUAAAUGCCAGAUGUUUGUGGAUAGGAAGCUCUACUGGUUUGUUCAUAAUUAACUUGGCAAACUUUGAAUUAGAAGCAGUUUUACAUUAUAAAGAUUACAGUGGCCUCACCAUUCAGUUUGCUGGAUCAUGCGCAUUAAUGAGGAAGGCAGUUAAUGGGAAGGUUUUCUGCUUGCUUACCUCGAUGUUUGAAAAUACGAUUGCUUUGCUGGAGAUUAACCUUGCUGCUUUGAUGAGAUCUCAGCAGAGUGAUUUUCUCUUAUGUGGAAAGGAGAAGAGGCUUUCAGUUAUUGCAAGUUGCUCUCUGUUGCCAAAUUCUCCAUUGUGUACUGAGUCUUUGAAGAAGGAAAGCUGCAAACCUACCAAUAAAAAAAACUUGGGUAUGAAGGACACAAUGAAAGACCAGUCACUGGUUUUCCACAGUAAAAUUAAGUCAUCAGGCUACACAACAGCACCACAAAUGACCAUGUUUUCUCCAAAGACUAACUUGAAGAAAAAUAACAAGAUAGAGUGGAAGAGCAGUUGCAAACGAAAAAAUAAAGAAUAUCUAUUGGAAAAUUCUCCUCCAACUAAAUCUGAGAGACAGAUAUCAGUAGCUAAUAAACCAACUUCUGUUUGCUGUAUUCAGUAUUCAGGGGAUGGAGAGCUGUUAGCUUGUGGCCUAGCUGACAAAUCUUUACUGGUAUUCAAUUCCAAUCUGACAGGAACACCGGCUGUUUUUUCAGGUCAUGAUGGUGCAAUUAACUCUGUUGGCUGGAGUCAUGACAAGAGGUGGUUAGUUUCUGCAUCAGAAGACAGAACAUUAAGGAUCUGGUCAGUCCGCAAUACAGAACCUGCCCUAUUUCUGGGCAAGGAGAUGUUCCAUAAAUCUAUACGCUUUGCACAGUUUUAUUACAUAGAUACAUUUAUAUUGCUGUGUUGUGGAGCUGAAUUUCAUCUGUUAAGUUACUAUCUUGACAUGAGCAAGGAUGACCUAAAACGAUAUAAACAGAAGAGCAUUUGCAAAUCAGUACAGAAAUUCCCCAUGGCUUCUACUGUGGAGAUUACCAGCCUUUCAGCAAUAAAUGAUUUCUACUCUUAUAUUAUACUUGCAGCUGGUAGCAACCGAACUUUAGAAGUUUUUGACCUCAAUGCAGGCUGCAGUGCAGCAGUGAUACCAGAUGCUCAUUCUAGAUCAGUCCACCAGAUCUGUCAAAAUAAGGGAUCAGCUUUUAGCACUCAGCCACUUGAAGCUUACAAUCUUUUCAUGACCACAGCCACUGGUGAUGGCAUCAAACUGUGGGAUUUGAGAACACUGAGGUGUGAACGUCGAUUUGAAGGACAUAUUAACCGCUGCCACCCAUGUGGAAUAUCUGUCUCUCCCUGUGGGCAAUUCAUAGCCUGUGGAUCAGAAGAUAAAAGCGCUUACAUAUAUGAGAUGCGUUCAAGCACCUUUUCCCAUAAAUUGGCAGGACACACGGAAUCAGUGAUCAACGUGGCUUUUAGUCCCUCGUCUCCACAGCUCACCACAGCCACCUUGGAUGGCAAACUCCAGUUGUUUCUAUCUUGAUGCUUGCCAGCCUGUGGAAUGCUGGCCCUGGUGCUCUGGAAAUAACAGCUUGCUGAGAGAAAGGAGACUGGUAACUGUGCAAGCCGCAAAAUAUUCCUUUUUAAAUUACAGUUGUAGAAAUAAUGUCACUUACAUUGGAAAAAUAAGGACAAGAUACAGUAUGGUACAAUUGUACUCAUUCAGGCCUCAGUACAGCAAAGGCUCAAGGAUUGAUGUCAAUGGGGCACUCACAUGCUUAAAGGUAGGCAUGUGCUGCAGUGCUUGGCUGUAUUGGAGUUUCUUACCUGUAGAUUGGUGACACAGUUAAAAUAGAAAGUGGUCCAGUUUUAAAGCGAAAAUUUCUGCCUAUAACUAAAGACUUGAAAUGAGUUCAAGUUCCUCAUUCUUCAUGAAAUGACAUUAGGAGUCAUGUUGGUCCCUUGUUUAUAUCUAUGCAACUCCCAUGAGGUUAAUGGAAGUAACUUGAGUAUAGCAGAAUUUGGUCCUCAUUACUGAGACAAUCUGAUUCAUAUCCAUUUUAUUGCAUUCUGUUAUCUCUUGUACACCAUUCUGUUAAGUUGUUAGGGAUGGGGAAAAGACUUUUAUUUUAAAGGCCUUGUCUUCACAAAGCUAACUUGACAUUUUAGUUUGGUAAUUUACUUAUGUUUAGUUUUACUGUGACAGUAGGGGUGUGCCCCAUUUCUAGAAAUAGAAAAUUUGAAAAGCAUUGAAGUAGAAAAUUAGUUCUGGGAGAAAGCUUUUGGGGUUUUAUUUUAUUUUUAUUUUUUUUGUACAAUUUCUAGCUAUGUUUGCUCUAAUCUUUGAAAAUUCUGAUGUUGGAUAUUGUUUUGAAUAAUAAACUGGUGUUCGAAUCA